UCUCGCCCCGCCUCCGGCCUGGAGCGCGUGAGGAGUUCGCCGAGUACCGGAGGAGAACGCAGGCUCGGUGCCAUGGCUGUCACGCUGCCGGAGGUCGUGGAGGAGCUCCUGAGCGAGAUGGCCGCCGCUGUGCGGGACGGCACGAGAAUUUCUGACGAACAUCUCUCAUCGCUGAAGUUUGUGUUUGGGUCAUCGGCCAUCCAGGCCUUGGAUUUAGUUGAUCGAGAGUCCGUCACUUUAAUCUCAUCACCCAGUGGAAGGCGUGUUUACCAGGUGCUUGGGAGUUCUGGCAAAACAUACACGUGUCUGGCUUCCUGUCAUUACUGUUCAUGUCCAGCGUUUGCCUUCUCAGUGUUACGGAAGAGUGACAGUCUGCUGUGUAAGCAUCUCCUGGCGAUUUAUCUUAGUCAGGUUAUGAGAAACUGCCAGCAGCUCAGUGUGUCAGACAAGCAACUGACAGACCUAUUAUUGAUGGAGAAGACACAAGAAGCAUAAAAGGUGCAGGAGCAACAUCUUUCAAGACAGAAGCCUAUCAGGAAAUUCAGUCAACAUUUCAUGGUUCUCAAGGUGGAGAAAUAAGAUACACUUCCCAACUUGUUACUGUCACUUUGCCCUCAUAGGCUGCAGGAUGGGCUUUGGAUUGGCACUGUAGGUUGCAGAGGGUUUGUGUGUGGCUAAGAGCCCUGUAUGAUCUUAAUAUGAACCAGCUUCUGAACCUCACAAGUAGAAAUGUCCCUGGGUACAAUUCAGUAUUGUUGGCUCAAAUAAAGCCCGAUACCAUGUUGUGUCUGCAA